UACUUUUAUGUGCUUAUUCUUUUGGUAGUUUCUAUUAGAAGACAGUUCUGCAGAUGAUAACUGUUAUAAUUAUCUGUAUACUGGUACAAACAUUUUGAUUUUGUCAAGUCUUCAAUUUUUGUGAUGUGACUUCCUAUGCAGUUGUUUUCAGUUUAUUCUGUAUCUGUUCACUUUUUACUACACAAACAGACAAAGGGUGAUUUUCCAAAAACUAUAUUUUAUUUUGUCAUUAGGGUCAUUCAAAGUACCUAUUCAAGAUAAAUAUUAAACUGAUACUUCGAAGUGCGAUAACAUAUAAUACUACUGUAAUAUGUCCUAAUAAUGUUUUACCUUAGAUUAGAGUGUCUCUAUAGGUUUAUAACAACUUAGUAGUAACUUGUUUCUGUGAUUAUCAAAAUUGAACAAACUUUCUCCAAAAAUUAUGUUAAUUAUGAAAUCUUUAUUUCAUAAAUUUCUGAGUGUUUUGGGAACUCAAGUUUUUUAUAAUCCUACUUAGAACUUAAAAUCCCACAGAGUUUCUUUGAAUUUUUAAAACUUAUUUUUUGUUGGAAUGGUGUUGUGUCAGAGGGUACUGAAAUAUUUUAAAACUCAACCUAAAUACUGAAAUAACUCAUAGCAGUGAAACUAUUGGUUGAACAGUUCUGAAUGACUUUUACAAAUAAUUCCUCGAACUUUUCUAGCUCUAAAAACAAAAUCUAACUCGUACUUUUUCAAACUUUCGUUUGUUUAUAAAAACAUUUGCUGCCCUAUUUUUUUUAAUGUUUCUUAUUGUUGUUAUCUGCUUAUGAUUGGGCAUUGUUAUAAGGCAAUAUCUUUCUCUACCAAAUCAUGUUUGGGUUUGGGAAAGGUGCCAUAUUGGAUUAUUACCAUCCCAAGUGUCAGUUACUCUCGCCUGAAUCAGUUGCGUUAGAAGACCCAAACAUCAAAAAAAUAGUGAAUGGCAAUUUCAAUUCAUACGUUCUAUUGUCUGAUGGAACUCUUCAUGAAUAUUUACUAGAUACAGAAGAAAGUUCAAAGGUCGUAAAAAGGGAAGUCCUGAAAGCAGUCAAAAUAGUAAAUGUUUUUGCUGGCGGUGAUCAUGCGUUUGCAAUCGAUGAACAAAGCAUAAUAUAUGCAUGGGGUUCUAAUAGCCAAUGUCAGUUGGGCUUGCUAAAAGAUGUUAACACUAUCCAGGUACCUACACAGCUUGAUAUCUUUACUACAAAAAAGGUUGUUCAUGUUGCAUGCGGCCAGUCACAUUCAUUGAUACUGCUCAAAUAUGGUGAAGUAUAUUCUGUGGGUGAUAAUAAGCAUGGACAACUUGGUUUACGAAAUAAGCGUCCUGUUACUGAACCAACGAUAAUAGAUUCGUUUGAAGGUUUGCCAGUAAUACUACUUGCAGCUGGUGGAUGGCAUUCAUUUUGUGUCACUAUAUCUGGCAGGGUAUUUUCUUAGGGGAAAAAUGAUCAUGGCCAACUGGGUGUAGGUGAUUUUGUUGGCCAUGCUUCUCCAAAGUUGAUGAAGUUGUCUACAGAAGAUCCAGUUGCUUAUAUUUCAGCAGGUGAUAACCAUAGUGCAAUUUUAACAAGGAAAGGAGAAAUGCUGACUUUUGGACUUAAUUCCAGUGGACAAUUAGGCCACGGUGACUCGAAUAAUACAUCGGUUCCAAAACCAGUUGAAGAAUUCAAAGGCAGCGUCGUUACUCAGAUUGCAUGCGGUAAUAAUAACACUGUCGCGUUUGUUCCUGGUUGUGGACAGGUUUUUACCUUUGGAAACUGUGAACAUGGUCAGCUUGGUCUUGGAAAAUUGGUUGAGAAAGUUCAAACUCCUGAAAUUGUUAACGGUUCUUGGUCAUCGAAACAUGAAGAAGCUAUUGUCUCUGUUUUCAGAAUAUGUUCUGCAGGCAAUCAAACCUACAUCUUGACUUCAAAUAUACCUGAUUCAUCACCAUCAGAUUUCAGGGCCAUUGGUGAUGAAUGUGGUGUUGUAAAAUUUGAAAAAGUAUUUUGCAGCACCCUUGAAAAUGUGGAUGAUGAAACCGAUAUUAUUUCAAUGAUAAAUUCAAAAAGUUGUUGGAAUAGUUCAUUUGCUGACCUCAAUCAAGUGACCAAUCACUAUCACCAUGGGGUCCACCUUGAUCAAGCAAGUGAAGUGUUGAAGCUGAUGUGUGGAUGUAAGUUCUCAGAAACUAUUAUGAAGUACCUCUUUGAGAUGCUGCGGAGCUUGGAUACGGAUCCACCUGAUUUGGAUGCUAUCAGACUGUAUAUUACUUUGCCAAUGGUAUUUGAGCAUAUGGAGGACUCGGUUCAGAAGUUAGAAAUGAUCCGUUUCUUCUUCAUUAAACUGUCACAUAUGGAAAAAGUUGUCUGGAAAGUUUUGGAAAGAUGGUAUAAGUCAUCAGAAGUGGCCUUUGUCAAUAUUGUACAUUUAGGCAAAGCAUUGAUGCUUGAUAACUUAGGAUAUCUUUUUCUCACUGGUGGAGAUGCCGGGCUGAGAUGCCAAAAUGUUAUGAAAAUACUAAACAGCCAUAAUGAAAUAUCUAAAAUCACUAGUUAUAAAGCAUUUCACCUUUCUUUAACCGAACAAUUCAUAAAAAGUAACCUGGAAGUUGUCCGUAUUUUACUUCUGAAAUACCCCUUUCUUGGUGAUGCGAAGUCUAAAGCUACUCUACUUCUGUUAGAUGCAAAAAACAGGAAGAAUAAAGCAAAUUUUCAAGAAAGAAUAGAUAUCAUGUUUGGUCAAUUUCUACCUUUUUUGGGUUUACCUCCCAAAAUACGUAUAUCUGUUAACAGGUCAUCACUCGUCGCUGACUCUGUGCAACAGUUGCAAAAUGUUGAAAAUUUGAGCCGGCCAUUUCAUGUUCAGUUUCAGGGUGAAGAGGGAAUAGAUGAUGGAGCAAUAAAUAAGGAAUAUUUCAUGCUUAUUAUGCCGGAACUAUUGACCAAUUAUGAAUUGUUUUCGGAGAAUGAUGAUUCAAAUUACUUGUGGUUUUCUACUUCUUACAUUGAUGCAAAGGAACCAUUAUACAAUCUUGUGGGAAAGCUGUGUGGCAUUGCUCUGUAUAACAACACUGUUGUAAAUGCAAAUUUCCCACUUGUCUUGUAUAAAAAGUUAUUGGGACAGGAGCCAGACCUUGAUGACUUCAAGGAAUUUGAACCAACAUUUGGCAAUAGCUUACAACAAAUACUUGAUUUUGAAGAACAAGAGGACCAAACAGUUGAAGAAGUUUUUGAACUUACCUUCGUGUCAUCUAUAGGUGUUCCAUUGAAACCCAAUGGACAUGAAAUACCUGUUACAUCUGUAAAUAGAGAUGAAUAUGUACGACUCUGUGUGAACUAUGUUGUGAAUAAAUCUGUUGAAAAGCAGUUUAGCUCAUUUCAAAACGGUUUUUCUAUAGCUUGCUCUGGGGAAAUUUUUGAUAUUUUCAGACCAGAAGAGCUCAUGGAAAUGGUAGUUGGUAAACAAGAUUUUAGUUGGGAAGAAGUGAAAGCGUCCAUGGGAUGGAUGCUUCUUCAGUUUCAGAUGAAUUUAGUGAAGUGUACGAAUGGUUUUGGGAAGUAUUGCUUUGUUUUAAUGAUGAAGAGAAAGAGCAGUUUCUCAUAUUCUUGCAUGCUGGCAUGUGGAAAUGGUGCGUUGGUGGAUUCCCUCGGUCGGAAACAAGAUGUAACGUCAUUGGAAAAACUUUCAAUAGCAGGUGAUGGUAUCAAGAAUGUUGCUCUCACAGGUGACAAUGCUUACAUUCUCUACCAUGAUGGAACAAUUAGGGCCUAUGUUGCGGAGAAAGAUACACAUGCAGAUAACGAAUUACUUAAUGUUAUAAAAGAUAUAAAAAUUCUGAAUAUCCAUGCUGGUGUACAUGGCCAAGUGUUCGUGAUUGAUGAAAAUGGAAAGGCUUAUGCAUGGGGUUGUAAUGAUCACGGACAGCUAGGUCUAACAGAUGCGGAUGAUUUUGUGUCUCUACCAAUGAGUGUUCCAUUCAAUAACAAGAAGAAAGUGGUGCAGGUCGCUUGUGGAAAUACUCAUACUUUGAUACUCUUGAAAAAUGGGGAUUUGUUUUCAAUGGGAGAUAAUGAAUAUGGACAGCUUGGACUUAAAAACAAAUGUCCUGUGAAAGAACCAAAACGUAUCACCACUUUGGAGAAUGUUCCCAUUUUGAGGAUUGCAGCAGGAGGUUGGCAUUCUUUUUGUUUAUCGCUAUCAGGAAUCUUGUAUUCAUGGGGAAGAAAUAAUUUUGGCCAGUUAGGCGUCGGAGAUUUCAUGGAUCAUUCUUCUCCAUUGAUUAUAAAAAUGUCAACAAAACUUCCCAUUGCUUAUGUUUCAGCUGGUGACUAUCACAGUGCUUUAUUAACAAGGGAUGGACAGAUGUUUUCUUUCGGUCUUGGAGCAUUCGGCCAGUUGGGACAUGGUGUUCCAUGUAACAAUGAAUCAAAACCAAAGCAAGUCGAGGAAUUCAGUGGAAGUGUUGUAACACAAAUCGCUUGUGGGCAAAAUCACACCAUUGCUUUCAGCCCUGAUUGUAAACAGGUUUUUGCGUUUGGAAGUUGUUCAGAUGGACAACUUGGUAUUGGAAUCAAAAAAGACAAAAUUCCAGAUCCCAUGAUGGUUAAUAUACCACAAAGUAGUGAUGAGAAUGGUAACAAUAAAGUAAAACAAGUAUUUGCAGGUGGUAGUCAGACAGUUGUUUUGUUAGAAAAAUCAUUCGGCGCUGACAUUUUACAGCAACAAGAUUUCAGGAUACUUGAUUCAGAUCAACAUAUUUUGACCUUGGAUGAAAAUUAUUGCAAAAUUAUAUCAAAACUGCCAAGAAAUAGUGAAAUGCCAGCUGAUAUCGAGCAAAAACUCAUUUCAAUUAUAUCAUCACAAAAAUGUUUGACUGGUUCGUUCCACUUGGAGGUUGUAAGGAAUGAAGUUGUCUCUCGCAGUCUUGAUUUCGAUAAAGUUGAAACACUUUUGUCUCAAAUCUUUGAAAGCAAAAAUGAAGCAGUUGGAAAACUUAUUGUUAAAGUUCUGUGUGACAAUGUUUUAUCUCGUCGUUCUAAAGAUGAUCCAGAUACAGAGUCACUGAAAUUUUUCCUUUUGAUGCCGUUUUUGAUUUCACCCAUCAAAUGUGUUGUCAGCAGAGCUAAAUGCUUCUUCCUCUUUAUUAGAAAACUGGUCACAAUGAAAGCAAAAUGUUGGGGGGAACUUUCCAGUUGGUAUAAAACAUCUUCAUCAGCGUUUUCAACACUUGUUAAGUUGUGCUGUUUACAUAUGGCAGAUGGUUUGUUGAAAAAAUUUGACGUCUCGACUGAUGCUGCUCAAAAUGAACUGAAUUUAGUAAAGAAAUUACAUAAAUUGAAUUGUAAGCAUCACAUCAUUCCUUUUGAUGAAUUCUACCUUCCUGUCAAAUUCAGUCAAAAAUGGUUGAAUAACCAGAUAAGCCAGAAGAAACAAAAAGAAAUUCCAUUGAUAUUUUCAUGCCCAUUUCUAUUCACUGGUGAGGCGAAAAAAGGGUUGCUAUCUUCCGAUCUAGCUUAUGCACAACCAAAACCGGUAUAUGUCAAUCAGUUAACAGUAAGCAGAGAAAAUGUUUUUGAAGAUGCUAUUGAACAAAUGAGUUUUAUAAAACAACCAGAAUUGAAACUAUACAUUGUUUUUAAAGGGGAAGAAGGAAUGGACUAUGAUGGGUUGACAAAAGAAUUUUUUAGGCUUGUUUUCCAAGAAAUAUGCCAACCCAGCUCGGGACUAUUCAUUGAAAAUGAAGAAUCUCGUAUGAUGUGGUUCUCUAACAACACUGAUGAAACAAAGUAUUAUUACGUCGGCAUGCUAUGUGGGCUCGCUUUCUAUAACGCUGCAAUAAUGAACUACCCUCUUGCAAGUAUGAUGUUCCCUCUUGCUUUGUAUAAAAAAUUACAAGGAACUGAAAUAAAUCUUGAUGAUUUCAAGCAAAUAUUUCCAUCAUUUGGCAAUAGUUUGCAGAAGUUAAUUGACAGCGAAGAGAUUGUGCAAGAUGAACACAAAUAUCAUUUUGUUUCAAAUAGUGGCGAACCUUUGAAAAAGCGUGGUCAACAUUUGGCUGUUACCAACUCAAACAAAAAUGAAUAUGUGGAACUACAAGUUGACUAUGUGCUUAAUAAAUCUAUCAAAAAACAGUUUGAUAGCUUUAAAAAGGGUUUUGAAAAGGUGUGUACCAGUCCAGUUAUGAAACUUUUUCGGCCCGAGGAAUUAAUGCGGGUAUCAGCGUAUAAAAAAAAAUUGAAUUGGAAAAAACUUCAGAAGAAUGCUGUGAUUCAUCCACUUUCCGACACUUUCAAACAAGUGUGUGAUUGGUUCUGGGAAAUCGUUCACCAUAUGACAGAAGAAGAUAAAGCAAAGCUUCUAAUCUUCCUUACUGGAACUGAUAUAGUCCCACUUAAGGGUAUGAAAGAUAAACUGAAAAUAUAUGAACAAAUUGAUGACGAAGGAAAUCCAAAUGAUGCUCUUUUACCAGUAGUUCAAACAUGUUUUCUGACUCUGGAGCUGACUUUGUAUUCCAGCAAAGAGGUUUUAGAAGAACGCCUGAGAGUAGCAAUGAAUUGCAAAACAUUUGGUAUUUUGUAAAAAGAAUCGUAUGGCCAUUGGCCAAUGACUAUAUAUGUGUAUUUAAUGAAAGCCAUGUAGGAAUAUAAAAUUCUGAUUAUUGAGAAGGGCAUUUGGCAUAUCCUAUAUUGAAGUUAUGAUUAAUGUGACCAGGCCGCCCUUUAGUAUAUUAUAUUUAUUUUGUUUCAGCUUAGAAUUUAAUACUUCCUUUUGAAUGGUAUAUAUAAAUUGGGAAAAGUGUCUUUUAAUAUUAUUGCCUUGUUGUUGAAUAUAUAUUUCCAAUCCAUGCGUGUUAUCCACCUUGAAUUUCUUAAAUAUCUGAUCGAAAUUUUGAUAAUUGAAAUGUUUCUAUGUAUAUUUACUUUUUUUAAUCUGUAUUCAACAACUUUUUUAUUUUAUGUGUUUAUUAUUUUUGGUGAUAUCCAGCAAGUUUUUCAGUUCAUGAUUCCACUGUAAGUAAAAUUUUAUUGCGUGAUUAGCAUAGUGUUCCCCUUAUGCAAACAUACAACUAUUUUUAUAUGCAUCAAGGGUAUAACUUUGAAAAUCCACUGCCUAGAUACUGUUUUGAGUUUUCAUAUAAAGCUCAACUGUCACAUUUACUGUGAAUGUAUAUUUUAUAAUUAUGUUAUUGUACACAUGUCAUCGCAGUAAAACUAAAGUAGCUGAUUUUACAGUUUUCAGAAAUGGACUUUCUUGAUCUUCUGUCGUUAUGGAGUAGGGUCAGGGUUUCA